CAUUCAGCCACGUGACUUGCAAACUCUCGCGAGAGUUUUACACUAGACGGAUCCUUUCUAGCCAUAACCGAGGAGGUGGAGCCGUGUGUUUGAAACGUUUGAAAGUGGCGGGUAGUCAAAACUCAAGCCGUAGCAAGUGGGAAGCGAUUCGCCAUUGCAAAGAAGAAUAAUAAUAAUAAUAAUAAUAAGAAGAAGAAGAAGAAGAAGAAGAAGAAGAAGCAGCGAGUAACGUUAAAAAGUAUACGUUUUCCAAGCAGUAUUUACAACUUAACUGUAUUUAAUGCCGUUAUCGUGAUAGCUCUCGUACAGGAGGAAACGUGAAAAGGAAUAUCGUCUUGCAUCAUCAUGACAAAUGAGGAUGAUAAAGGGAUUCCAGUGCGGGUGGCCUUGAGAAGCCGCCCGUUGGUACCUAAGGAAAUCAACGAGGGAUGUCAGGGCUGUCUCACGUUUGUGCCUGGAGAGCCACAGGUGAUUGUUGGCACAGAGAAGGCGUUCACAUAUGACUAUGUGUUUGAUCCCACUGCUGAACAAGAAGAGGUUUUCAACACGUCUGUGUCCCCCUUAUUAUGUGGGCUUUUCAAAGGCUACCAUGCCACCGUUCUUGCCUACGGACAGACAGGAUCAGGGAAGACCUUCUCGAUGGGAGGAACAUACACCUCAGCUCAGGAAACUGAUCCUGUAGUCGGAGUUAUACCGAGGGUGAUCAAAAGGAUCUUUGAGGAAAGAGAUAAGAGGGCAGACUGUGAAUUCUCCCUGUCAGUUUCUUACCUUGAGAUCUAUAAUGAAGACAUAUUGGACUUGCUGUGUCCUUCUAAAGACAAACUUAGCCUCAGCAUUAGGGAAGACCCUAAAGAGGGAAUAAAGAUCGUGGGUUUGACCGACAGGAAGGUGUUCUCUGCCCAUGAGAUGGUGGGCUGUUUGGAGAUUGGCAACUCAGUUCGCACCGUGGGUUCCACCGCCAUGAACGCCGCUUCCUCACGCUCACAUGCCAUCUUCACCAUUACACUGGAGCAGCGCAGAGGCAAAGACAAGUCAGUUCGCUGCUGUUUUCUCAAACAAACACCUAGGCUAAUAUAAAUACCCUUUUUCUCCACAUACAUACAUUAUUCUGAGUUUACACAAAGUGAAGUGUUAACAAGGACAUGAACACACAUUUGAUUAAUUUAAAAGUAUUUGUACAUUAAGUAAUAAAGUACAGUGUUACAC